AUGACGAUCAUAGUUUUCCUAGUGGAUACCUCGGCGUCAAUGUGCCAGCGUUCUCUGGUGAAUGGCGUGCAGAAAACUUAUCUCGAUAUUGCCAAAGGUGCAGUAGAAACGUUCUUAAAGUUUCGCCAACGAUCGCAGGAUUGCAUGGGCGAUCGCUACAUGCUGUUGACAUUCGAAGAUCCGCCUAACAACGUGAAAGCGGGCUGGAAGGAAAAUCAUGCGACGUUCAUGAACGAGUUGAAGAAUCUACAAAGCAACGGGCUUACCUCAAUGGGAGAGGCAUUGAAGAAUGCGUUUGAUUUGCUCAACCUCAACCGCAUGCAAUCUGGCAUCGACACGUACGGACAAGGACGAUGUCCUUUUUAUCUGGAACCAUCGGUUAUCAUCGUUCUCACGGAUGGCGGCAAGUACGCCUUCCGGAAUGGAGUGCAUCAGGAGAUAAUUUUACCUCUGCAUGCACAAAUGCCGGGCACGAAGCUAACGAAGGAACCGUUUCGGUGGGACCAAAGAUUGUUCUCCUUGGUGCUUCGAAUGCCAGGGAACCGCGUGGAGGAGCGAGCCGAUGGGAAAGUGCCGUGUGACGAUUCGAUGAUCGAAAAGAUGUGCGAGGUAACGGGCGGCCGUUCGUACAAAAUUAAAUCCCACUACGUGCUCAAUCAAUGUAUCGAAAGCUUGGUGCAGAAGGUUCAACCUGGUGUGGUGAUUCACUUCGAUCAACUUAUCACAAACAACGGCGAUAGCAGCACAGCGGACAUUCAGUUUCAAGCCACCAAGCGCAUGAUUUACGUGCCCAAGCAACACCCUUCACAGAAAACGUUCCCCGUAGGCUACUGGCCGAUACCGGAACCGUAUUGGCCGGAUCCUAAACUGACCAACUUGCCACCCAGGGAUGCGCAUCCGAAAAUUAAAGUAAUUUCUCCGUGUUGCGACGAGCCACAGGUGCUGCGUAACUUUCCUAUAGAUAAGUAUGAACUGGAAGCUAGCCCGCUGACGCUGCAAUUAUUGUCGAAAAAGGAGUCCAAUAAGGUGUGGCCGCUGAUCGUCUCCACUGGCAUGCAGGGCGAGAUGCCCUUCGGAUAUCUCAAGCCAAACAGCACACUGCCGAUUGUGCAUCUUUACGUAUUGCCGUACAACUAUCAGAUGCUACUACCGUUGAUUAACGAUCUGUUUCACAAAUUCAAUCUAAACCCCCCGAACGAUUGGGUGUACAAAUUCACGAACUACGUAAAAACGAUACCACAAUACUAUUGCCCGUUUCUGCGUCGAGCACUCGCCACAAUGCCGAACGUGCCCUAUCAGCUCGUGCAGUACAUAUUACCGGAGAACUUGGACAGCUACCUCUGUCCGGCGGUGGCAAAUUACCUGAAGCAAAUGAAGAACACGGCUAAGCAGGACCAGGAAAACCUGUGCCUGCGGGUGCUGAAGCAGUUGAAGCAACCAAAACCGGCCUACCAUCAACUAGAAACUGUGAAGCUUAGCGCAAGUCAGCAGAUAAAGCGUGACAUCGUAACGCAUCCGAUGCUGAAGGAUGCGUUCAAUAAGAUGCACAUGGAGAUAGCUAAUUUUGAUAGUUACACGAUCGUCAUUCCGUCAAUCAUACAGACGGCGGCGACGAAAAAUUACCGCAAUCCAUACGACAUUCCCCGGCGCGACCUGAUCGACGAGAUAGCACGAAUGCGAGAGAACUUCUUCCAUCUGCCGACGAGUGCGAUCAGCGUGUUCACGAAGGACUCUGGCCACUGUCUGCCCAUCUCGGAUAUGGGCAACUAUCAGGAGUAUUUGAAGAACAAGGAAACCCCGCUGCGCGAGCUUGAGCCGACGAACGUGCGCCAGCACAUGUUCGGUAAUCCGUACAAGAAGGAUAAGAACAUGGUCAUGGUUGACGAGGCGGAUCUCAACGAUAUGGCGCCGAUGAAGCCAGGACCGCACCUGACAAGCCACAUGAAGAAGAGUCUGGAACAGAAUACGGUGUCGCGGUUGAGUCGUAAGCGGAAAGCUGGUCCUAUUCGCAAAGAUUACGUCUUCAAGAGGUCGGCACUGGAUCUAGGUAGCACAUCGUCGGGAUCGCUGUCCGGUGAGGAUGUAAAUAUGGCGGACCUGCUGAGCGACGAUGAUAGUUCAUCGGAAUAUAGUAACAGUAGUGACACCGAGGACGAUAGCGAAGGGUGUCUGGUGAUGGCGCUUGAUUCAACAGAAGAAGUGAUGGAGGCAAAAAUGUUAGGUAACUCAGAGGACAUGUUAAAUAGUGUACAAGUCUUUCUAGCAAAAGAGGACCCGUUGGAGGUGCAAUGUGUUAGUUCGCUUGAGGCAACCCGGCUGCACGAAGGCGUUAGUGCGAGCAGUCCUAGCAAGACCGACAGUAAGGUGUCAUCAAGUGACGGUGCACAUCAAACUCCGGUGAGUCGGACUCAACCUAGCCUACAAAUUAGCGCUCCACAAUCGGACGAAGACUCAGCGGCCGGUGCGGACCAGUUGAGUGUAGUACGCCGCCCGCAAUCACCUGAUUCUCCUGGAAGCAGUAGUUCGAAUACGCCUGUCGAAGAUACUCAGAAGGAGCAGCAACGAGCGGACGAAGACUCAGCGAAUUCGGAGAAGAAGCCAUUAGUCGAACAAGCAGCUUUAUCGUCGAUUAACUCGGAUGUGAGCACUGCGGACUCCGACGUGGCAUCGUCGCGAAAACCACAUGGGCAAGACCAAACAACGAAUGCAAAGAAAAAUUCUCAACAGCAGCAGCAGCAGCAGUCUGGGGAAACCGGUACAGUCGAGACGGUGAAGAAAACAACAGUUGUAGAUCAAAAUAUUGCUUCAACAGAACCUACUGAGCCUCCUUUGCAGUCUGUUAGGCAGCCGUACGUAGAGCAACAGCAAUCUCUGCCACGACACGAACAACAGGAAGGUGAGCAGAAUCGUUUGCUAGCUUCAACGGCGGACACAAUGGAGAUGCCACAGCGUCCGGAACAGAACGAUCACCAAUCCGACCAAACGUCAGAACAGCCAAACCUAGUGCUCGCAACAUCAGAAAGCCCUGCCGUAUCUACGAUUGAAUCCUGUAAAGAUCAGGUAUCACAGAAAGACGAUGAUCCGGCAUCUCCGGUUCGCACUGAUGAGACGCCGGUGGAUCUAGAAAAAUCGGAACACUGCAACGACGAAACGCCUGAACCGAGUGUACAAGAAUUGGAGCAAGAUGAGGCAAAGCUAGCAAGGCUUCUGAAGCAACCGGAGCAUUCCGUGGUCUCGAUUUCGUUGAUUCGGGACGUAGGAUCAGAUCAACCGGUGCAGCUAGACCUUCAGCUAAAUUGGCAAUCCCAAACGGAGAAAAGUCCUAAUGCUACGGAGGUGAAGCAAACAGAGCCCCCAAUCGAUGCCAUGGAAGCCACCAAGAAGUCCACCGAACCGAAUCCCGAGCUUGCACUGGAAGUCCAAACCCCACAGCAAUUAAUAUCUAAGGAAUCUACGCUUACGCCACGGCAGCACCACGAGCAGCAGCUUGAACCACAGCAUGAGCCGAUACAGAGUGAUCAGCCAGCAGAACAAAAGCACCCUGAAACUCAGAACGAUCAACAGCAGCACGAUGCUCAUCCACAAAAGCCAACGCUUCGGCAUCAACCGGUGCCACAGUGGUCACUCGCAUCCUCCACCGGUCUCGAUGACUCGAACGACCUGACGGAUGUGUUGAAAAUUUCCAACAUUCUGAAAACCUGCCACAAUGGUGGGGACAAUGAUAGGGAGAAGGACACCCAUACCGAGGACAGUCCCUGCGACAGGCCCGCCGACCACGAUGGUACAAAAUCUCGACCGGAAACCGAAGCGGUGAUGAUGAACGGCAUAUCGGGUCCGAUCAUGAACGGAGGUGACAACACGAUACAGCCCACGCUCAACUGGGACUACAACUUUGCGCUCUACUCGUGCGUGGAGGAUGAACAGGAGCUGGAACAGAUCGAGGAGAUGAACCUAAAGACACGCUCGGUGGUAUUCCGGGACAUUCGCCGGCCCGGACGCGACUACACGCAGCUGAUCAAGCACCUGGAACUUGUGCAGGGUAGCCGAUCGACGCAGAAGAAUUUCAUUGACAUGUGCAUGCAUGAGGCUAGACGUUUUCGAAGGCAUCGCAUGGCGGAUUGCAUUCAACAGUGGUGGGAGCAUCAUAUCGGGCUUUCGAGUGGUAUGAAGUCAUCGUCACUUAAACUGGACGGUACCAGUGCGUACUACAGCUAUGACAGCAAUGACAUGGAGGAUGAGCAGGAUAACGUGCUGGGAUCGAAUAAUUUGUACUUUGUUAACGACACCGGCGCGUCCGUGUACGGCAGUGAAGUGUUCCGAAGCACGACACCUCCCAGCGCCAUGUAUAUGAAUAACAGCAUUAGCAUGUUAUACGGGACCGACUUUAGUCACAAUAAUCAUCAUUUCUAGAAAAAUCUGGAAAAGUUUCGAAUUGUAUAAUUUUUUUU